AUGUCCAUGACUGUGACUGCGACGCAGCAUUCUUUCCAGCACAUCUUCCUGUCGCCGGAGGAGGAGGCUGCCCUGGAGAGAAGAACCCUCUUCCAGGCGAAGAAGGAUCGCAACGAGAAGGCGCUGCUGGAGUAUGGCCUGAGCUGUGGCCUGAGCUCCCGAAAACUCUUGAUCCUUUCGGUCGGCUCCUCCUCCACGCAGGCGUAUGAUGCCUCUGACCUCAGUCUCUCGGUUCAUUCGGGCACGAAGGUCUGCUCUAGAGAGGCCUUGCAGGAGCUGGAGGGGAAGCUGAAAGCUGAGGGUCGCGACUACGAGUGCCUUCUGCUCAUCAACUCGAUCGGUUUCGCGGUGAAGCCCGAGAUCACCCGCCUGGUGGACCUGAAAGACUUGGAGGAUUCCCCGGAGCUGCCGGGAGUGCCGCCCUUGAGGGCUGCCCUUGAGAGGGCCCUGCCAAAAGCAGAGAAGAAGGUGGUGAGUCGUCACAAGGGCACCGAAGGGUACCAGUGUGAUCAGUUGAUCAAUGACUUCAGCAUUGCUUUGGCUGAGGGUGCUUUGGCUGAGCACACUGCGGACGUGAUAGUGGAUUGGGGUGGCGCCAGUUUCAAGGUCUUCCUGAAGGGCCGGAAGAUCGGGUCAGAGCGCAUGGAUGCCAACGAACUCCUCUGCAGCAGCGGUGAGCUGGACAGGAAGCGUCUGCAGGAGCUGAUUCAGCAGAUCGAGACGAAACUGACCAAGCUCCUUGAGCAGGAAGAUCUUCGAACCGAGUGCAAGGUGCUGAUUGUGCAGACAGGCCGGGCUCGCGAGCUCUAUUACCGCAACCUCCAGGUCGCAAAGGCCCACAGCAACGUCACAAAGCCAGCAACGCACAGCAAUGCCACGGUUGUCCUGUGGCACAAGUGGAUCGGAGUGGUCGAGAACCCCGGGGGCUACCCCCACGGUGUCUGGAGGGGCUCGAACCGCGCUACCAUUCAGCAGUGGCUCCACGACACGAAGUUCCUUGGCGCGUAUCCCGUCCCAGUGAAGAAGGCCAAGGGGUCGCCCUCCAUUUAUUGCUUCUCCGUGGCCCGAGCGGGGCCCGAGAUCGACAACAUGUACAUGCAGCGCCAGUCCGGAACUGGCAUCUUCGCCUGCGAUGGGCAUGCCGUCUACAGCAACACGAACACGACUAUCGAUGGCAUCAGGACAAUCCCGAUCGGAAACACAGAUUCAGGACUCUCUGUGGACCACACGGCUGCGAAUUCGCAGGUGUUCAUGAGGACAUGGAUGACCUUAUUGAACAACAACGACUGGUGGCACUACGACUUUGUCGCGAAGGUGGACCCAGAUGCCGUGCUCUUUCCGGAGCGCAUGCGUGGUCAUCUCAGCUGGCACGUUGGCCAGCCGGUCUUCUUCCUGAACUGCGCAAAGUGGCACCCGAUGAUGUACGGAGCUCUGGAGGUGUUCUCCAAGCAGGCCCUGGGGCGCUACCUGGCGCAGCACGGGAAGUGCGAGAGUGGACUGCCCUUCUGGUCCUGGG